ACUACAGUCUUGGACGGCUGAUUCUGUGAAUAAAUAAUGGCCGAAAAUGAAACCCACAGCAGUGACACUGAGGAAAGUGCAUCGGAGGAAAUUGAACCAAAAUUCAAAUAUCAGCGUAUUGCUCAUGAUUUAAAGGAUAUACUUAACAAGGAUGUAGUUACCGCAUGUGCCAUACAUCCCAAGUUCCUGAUUUUCGGUACAUUUCUGGGAAGGAUUUAUUUAGUUGAUCAUCAGGGAAAUACUGUUGAUUCCCAUUUAAAUCACAAUCAACAUGAGUUUGCUCAUACGGUGGCUGUUAAUCAGGUUGAUAUCGAUGCCAAAGGUGAAUAUGUGGCUACAUGUUCCGACGAUGGCAAAGUCAACGUAAUUGGUUUAUUUAGCAAUGAGAACAAUCAAACAAUAAAUUGUGGACGUGCUAUACGGGCGGCAGUAUUAGAUCCAGAUCCAAAAGUUAAUGAGGGCAAACGUUUCAUAGUCGGUGAUGAAAAGCUAACGCUCUACGAAAAGAAUUUUCUCAAAAAACUUAAACCCAAUGUACUGUCAAAUGCCGAGGGCCAUGUAAUCUCAAUAUGUUGGAAUGGCCCAUUUGUGGCGUGGGCAAGUUGUUUGGGUGUACGUGUAUUUGAUUUAAAUGAAAAAUGCUCUCUGGGUCUAAUGAAAUGGGAAGAACCAACAAAUGCUCGUUUGGAAAAUUUCCGUUGCAAUUUUCGUUGGGCCAAUUCGAAUACUCUACUUAUCGGCUGGGUCGAUACAAUACGUAUAUGUGUUAUACGUAAACGUAAUAGUGUAGAGGCAGCUUUAAAAGCAUUGCCUGGUUUUAUUGUGGAUCCAAUUUCAACUUUCCAAACAACAUUUUAUAUUAGUGGCUUAGCAUCAUUGACUUCCAAUCAAUUAGUUGUACUCGGUUAUCCCAAAGAGAAGGACUCAAAUCGUAAAGCUUUACGUCCAGUAUUAUCGGUAUUGGAAUAUAAAUUAAAUAGUAGUGAAGAAAUUUGUACUGAUAGUUUAUCUUUAAGAGGUUAUCAAGAAUAUUCGGUAAAUGAUUAUAUCUUAGGCUGCCUACCCGAGGAGAAUCGUUAUUAUAUUAUAGCACCAAAAGAUAUUGUUGUGGCCACAUUGUUCGAUACAGAGGAUCGGGUACAGUGGUUAAUAGAUCACAGAAAAUUUGAAGAAGCCAUGGAAAUAUUAUCCUUACAUGGUGGCAAUGUUUUGCCUGUUGCAAGACUUUACAUAAAUCAUUUGUUAUCGCAAAAACAUUACGAUACCGCUGGUAAAUUAUGCCUCCGAGUUUUGGGUAACAAUAAGGCAUUGUGGGAGGAGGAAGUCUUCAAAUUUGUCAAACAUAAUCAACUGAGAUCCGUUAGUGCCUAUUUACCCACCUCCGAUGAUUGUAAACUCGAUCCGCAUGUCUAUGAAAUGGUAUUAUAUGAAUUUCUGAAAAAAGAUGUUAAAGGAUUUUUGACAUUAAUCAAGGAAUGGCCAUCGAAUUUGUAUGAUUGUUCGGCGGUGAUAAAUGCAAUACAUGAUAAUUUUCAAAAACAACAUGCCAAUGAACUGCUGGAGGCAUUGGCCAUAUUGUAUUCAUAUAAAAAAGAAUAUGAAAGUGCACUGAGAAUGUAUUUAAAAUUGGAAAAUAAGGAUGUUUUCGAUUUAAUAAGACGUUAUGAUCUCUAUGGUGUUAUACACAAAAUGAUAAUGCCUCUUAUACAAAUCGAUCAGGAACGAGCCUUUCAAAUAUUAUUGGAUAAAAAUAAAAUACCCCCCGAAAUUGUUGUACAACAAUUGGAAUCCAAUCAAGAGUAUUUGUAUUUGUAUUUAGAUGCCUUAGACAAGGUCGAUAGCCGCGGUACAUUCCAUUGGAAAUUGGUUAGUCUGUAUGCCAAAUAUAAUCGUUCAAAACUUUUACCAUUUCUUCGGCGUUCCAAACACUAUCCCAUACAAGAAGCCUUGGAUAUAUGCAAAAGUCAAUUGUUCUAUCCGGAAACGGUAUAUUUAUUAGGUCAAAUGGGUAAUGUUGUGGAGGCCCUGAAUAUUAUUAUUCACAAGAUAAAAGACAUUAAAAUGGCUAUAGAAUUUUGCAAGGAACAUGAUGAUUCCGAUCUUUGGAAUCUAUUAAUAGAUGAAUCUGUAGAUAAUCCCGAAAUUGUAACAAAAUUGCUGGAUGGUAUUAUUGGUUAUGUAAACCCCGAAUUUUUAAUCAACAAAAUAAAAAUGGGUCAAAUAAUACCAAAACUACGAGAAUCGCUGUUCAAAUUGUUAAUGGAUUAUCGUUUACAGGUUAACAUUCAACAAGAUAUUAAUAAAAUCCAAUUGCUGGACUAUUAUAAUACCCACGCGCAAAUAGUGCGACAACAACAUCGUGGCAUUGGCAUCAGCUACGAUAGCACAUGUCCGAAAUGUGGCCGUUUAAUAUUGUGCAAAGAUGGAAUGCCCAGUAAUGCAAUUGUGGCAUUUCAAUGUGGUCAUAUCUACCAUGAGCCAUGUGUACCGGGACGAUUUAUACAGGAACGUUGUGAUGUAUGUACAGUUAAUAUAGAAAAUUGCGAUUAAGUGAAUAUGUAUAAAGA